UCCAUUUUCUACUUAGACCAAAAUUAAUUUUCUUUUCACAACUUCUUUUGACUUACGAAGUCAAAAGUACCCAUUAAACUUAAUAGCUUAGGUUAUUCACCACUCAUAAUUUACAUGGUCUAAAGUCAAUACAAACGGCUUUGAAUUUUCUUCAAACCAAAAACAACACUAUUGGUUUAUAUAAUCUAGUCAAUGUUACAACUAUUAUAUACAUCGCUUCCUUCAUGACUAAAAUGUAUAUAUAUACCUCUUUAAAUUAUUUACUUCCUCAAACAAUCAAUUAUAAGUCUACAUCUUAAUCUCUCAUUUUCUUGAGCAUGGGGAGCUAUGUUAGCACACAAAUGAUAUUUUUGCUAGCUCUUCUUUGUGUAUUCAUAUCAAACAUAAGUGGUAUUAAUACCUUUGGUUGCAUGGAAAGAGAGAGACAAGCUCUUUUAAAAUUGAAACAAAGUUUUCAAGAUCCAACACACAAGUUAUCCUCAUGGAAAGGUCAAGAAUGUUGCCAAUGGAAAGGAGUAGGAUGCGACGAAAGCUCGGGCCAUGUCGUCAAGCUUGAUCUCAGAACAUCUUCAUCAUAUUUUACAAAUUACUCAGACAACUUACAAGCUAAUGAGGUGAGCCCUAGUUUGUUGGAGCUUCAACAUCUCAACUACUUGGACCUAAGUGGAAACAACUUCAAUUCAAGCAAGAUUCCCACCUUCUUUGGCUCAAUGAACAAUCUUAAGUAUCUUAAUCUUUCUCAUUCAAGCUUUGGUGGAAGGAUUCCUCUUCAUUUUGGAAAUCUAACUAGCUUGCAAGUUCUUGAUCUUCAAGGUCUUUUCGGUGUUAGUACUCAUACUUUCAAGUGGGCUUCAAAUCUUUUGUCUCUCCAAUACCUUGAUAUGAAUGAUGUGAAUUGUGGGAAUGCAUCAGAUUUUGUGAAGGUACUUACUAAGCUCCCUUCUUUGUCACACAUAAGUUUAUCUUCAUGUGAUUUAGAUAUAAAUUACUUUGGUUAUGAUCCCAUCAAUUUCACUUUCUCAUCUAAUCUCAAAUACCUAGACCUUUCUAAGAAUACUCAUAAAAGAUCAAUUCUCAAUUAUCUCCAAAACAUGACCUCUCUUGAAGUACUUGAUCUUUCAUCAACCUUCUAUGAUGUUAGUUCCAAAAUUCCAACUUGGUUAGGUGAUUUUAAGAGCCUUGUUUAUCUAAACCUUGCAUCUAAUAACUAUGACACCUUUGAAAGAGAAGGUGGCUUGUUGUACCUAAUAAACAAUGCAUGUUCCUUGAAGUUGUUGGAUUUGUCAUACAACUCAAUUGGACAAGUGUUAGACCCUCAUAAUCUAAAUUGGACAAAAUGUGCCAAAUAUAAUCUAGAGAUAUUAAAUUUGAGUGGUAACAUAAUGAGGGGUCCUUUGUCUAGUUGGUUAGAGCAACUAGAAUCAUUAAAGAAUCUUCACCUUUAUGGGAAUUUAUUCCAUGGUCCAAUACCAUCAUCAUUUGGAAAAUUUUCAUUUUUGGAAUUAUUAGAUCUAUCACUUAACGAGUUAAAUGGGUCAAUCCCUGAAUCUUUAGGAAGAUUGUCAAGUUUGAGAAAAAUUGAUCUUUCCAAUAAUGAGUUGACUGGGAUUAUUCCAAAAACAAUGGGGAGAUUGUCUUUGUUGAGGAAGUUAUCUCUUUCUAAAAAUCAAUUGAAUGGAAGCUUACCAAAAUCCCUUGGAAAUUUAGUAUCCCUAGAAUCUUUGGAUAUUUCAACAAAUUUCUUGGAAGGUGUUGUAUCUGAAGAUCACUUUGCUAACCUUACAAGGUUGAAAGAGUUGGUCAUUAAUUCCAACAAUUUCUCAUGCAAAGUUAGUUCAAAUUGGAUCCCUCCUUUUAGUCUAAACCUCAUUCACAUGGGUUCUUGCAAAGUUGAAGGGUCUCAUGGGUUUCCUAAAUGGAUUCAAACCCAAAAGGAAGCCACUGAAUUGAAUCUCUCAAAUGCUAAUAUCAUUAGAACAUUUCCAAAUUGGCUUCAUAGUAGUAUCACCUACUUGGAUCUCUCUAUGAACAAAAUUAGUGGAUACCUUCCAAUGAAUAUUGGUUACACUAUGCCUUAUUUAGUGACUCUAAAUCUUGGCAACAACCUAUUAAAUGGUUCGAUUCCAUAUUCAAUCUGCGAACUAGAAUCUUUGGAUAAUCUGGAUCUUUCGCGAAACAAGUUUUCUGGAAAAAUGCCUCAUUGUUGGAAAGAAAGCCAAAUAGUAACUGUUAUUAAUUUUUCUUAUAACAAGUUGUUAGGCACUAUUCCAAGCUCAAUGGGGAACCUAUUCAGUCUAAAAUGGUUGCAUAUGAACAAUAACAAUCUCAAUGGGGAACUUCCUUCAACCUUGAUGAAUUGCUCUGAAUUAGAGCUUAUUGAUCUUGGUGAUAAUAACUUUUCUGGACCUCUACCAACUUGGAUUGGAGGAGAUAGCCUUUUGAUGAUAAAGAUCUUAAGGUUGCACAAGAAUAUGUUUAGUGGAAGUAUCCCUUUAAACUUUUGCAAGCUUUUUGCAUUGCAAAUUUUAGAUCUUUCGGGUAACAAUUUGAGCGGAGAAAUUCCUCAUUGCUUUGGAAAUUUUAGCGGAAUGACUAUAGAAGAAGAUAUACCUGAAGAUUAUGCAAAUGCAACAUUGGAAGUUGUUUCUCCAAGCUAUGAUAUAGAAUGGAACAAAGCAAAGGUGUUACAAGUGAUGAAAGGGAGAGAACUAGAGUAUACACAAAUACUGUUGCUUCUUGAUAAUAUGGACCUUUCAAGCAAUAAGCUAGUUGGGGUUAUUCCAGAAGAGUUAUGUCAACUCUCUGGAUUACGUGGCUUGAACUUAUCUCACAAUCAUUUGUCAAGCAACAUACCUAACAAAAUUGGUGAAUUGAAAUCAUUGGAGUCUCUUGACCUUUCAAACAACAAACUUUUUGGUGCAAUUCCACAAAGUAUGUCAAAUUUGUUAUCACUAAACAAAUUAGACUUGGCUCACAAUAAUUUGUCAGGUAAAAUUCCAACAGGAUCUCAACUUCAAACAUUGGAUGAUCCGGACAUCUAUUUUGGCAAUGAUCAAUUAUGUGGAUUGCCAUUGCGAAAAAAAUGCCUUGGCGAUGAUGAUGGAAGAAAAACUUCACCAACAAGCAAUGCCCAUGAAGAUGAAGACUACAAAGAAAAUAGGUUUGAAAGAAUAUGGUUUUACUUUGUGGUAACACUUGGAUAUGCAGUUGGAUUAUGGGGAGUAAUUGGGAGUUUGAUUUUCAAGAGAAAUUGGAGGCUUGCUUUUUUUGGGUUUUACGAAAACAUCAAGGAUUGGAUUCUUGUGACAAUACAAGUGAAAAUGGGAAGAUUUAAGAAGAGCAUCAUGAAGUGGAUGUGGAUCAACUAAUAAUAAUCAUGUUUACCAAUUAAAAUGUAUUUCUCUAUGUGUAAUAGGUUCUUAAAUCUUAAUUGUUAUAAUUAUGUAGUGGUUUUCUUUGUUAUGUGGGUUUGUUUUUUUUCUUUUAUUUACCUUUAUCUUAUUUGAUACCACGAUAUUUUUCCUUCUCAAUAAAUGAAAGUGCAAUUUUUCUUUUUUAAAUAUUUUUCCCUUAAUUUCUUCUUUAUCAAACAAGGUACGGAAUUCCAUGAGAAAU